AGACACUUGAAGUUUGGUGCUUUGCAGAUUCAACGACAGCUUUUCCCAUAAUUCUCUGCGGCCCGAGCGAGCAGGUGGAUGGAAGAGACAAAACAAAACAAAAAAAUUCUUUCACUGUCUUGAAUGAAGAGUCCAUUUUCUCUGCAGCACUCUCCUGUGGUGCAGCUAAAUGUCGGGGGCCACCUGUUCAGCACCACACUGAGCACGCUCAGGAAACACCCCGACUCCAAGCUGGCCGAGAUGUUCAGCGGACCACCCAAACUCCUCACGGACGCGCAGGGACGCUGCUUCAUCGACCGGGAUGGAUCGCACUUCGGACCCGUCCUGGACUUCCUGAGAUCGGAGCAGAUGCCCUCGGAGAACAUCCUGGAGGUUUAUAAGGAAGCGGUCCACUACGACAUCAAACCACUGGUCAAACGUCUGGAGGACGCUCCUCAGCUGUUUGGAGAGCUGGUGGGACGGCAGCCGUUCCUCUCCAGAGUCCCUCACUACAAAGAGAACAUCGAGGUGCUGAUCCGCAUCGCCAGAGCCGAGGCCAUCGCCGCCCGCCACUCCAACAUCCUGAUCUGUGUGCUGAGGACGGAGGAGGACCUCGGUUUCUACGACAACGCCAUCAGCACCCUGGAGGCGGACAAGGAGUCGGUGGUGACGUUCGGGCCGUGGAACGCCGUGCCCUCGGUGAAGGACCUGCUGGACUGCGUGAAGACGGACAUUGAGAGUCAGGGCUACAGGGUCAGCGUCCAGCCUCACCAUCCCGAGAAGAGCUUCCUGUCCAGGAGCUACAACUUCUUCUACAAGCUCACCUUCACCUGGUGGUGACGGGCUUCAGGACAACACUAGGAACUGUUACGUACUCCUUCUCAAAGCAACACGCAGCAUUUCAGACAUCCUUAACGUCGCCAUUAACAAAGAAGGGAUCAGGAAAGCAUCUGUAUAUAAUAAACGUCAAAGAUGAAGUUUUUAUUUCUCUACACUUCCUUAAAGCAAA